GCAUUCAAAGCAGGACACGGCUGCCGAAGCCUUCACACCCCAGCCCGGCCGCGAGCCCACGACCGCGGGAUCAAAUCCAGUAGCAGUACAGGACUUACUGCCGGGGCACCCUAUGCGCCGCACCCUGCAACAAGUUCAGCAAGUACAGCAGCCAGGGCAGGGCCUGGCAUUGCCCGGGUCCCUGCUGUCCAGCCUAGCAGACUCAUACGGUCUGGGCGGUGUGGGUUCAGGCGGACUGGCUACCUCAGUCAGCGCCACGCCCGCAGCAACUGUUGCUGCGCCCGCUCCGGCGACACACCAGCAAGGGAUAGCAGGGGAUGGGUCUGACAUCGUGCUAGGGGGGUUAGAUCCUAGCACGUUUGCCGGAGGCGCGGCAGGCAGCACCGGCACUGGCGGCGACGCUACGAGGAGUGUUGGCGGCAACAGUGGGAGCAGUGGCGCGAGCAGUGAUGGGAGCAGCGAUGGGAGCAGCGAUGGGAGCAGCGAUGGGAGCAGCGAUGGGAGCAGCAGUGAAGCCGGACCCAUCCUCAUGUUCGGUGACGCUGCGCCGCAGCCGACAUCCCCCUCUUCCCCAGCCGCCGGCAGCGCUGGCCAGGCCAGCCUGUGGGGCGGCUCUGCUGGCGCUGCAGCGACGCCAUCGGUUCCUGCGCCCCUGCUGGUAUGGCAGAGGCAGAAGGGUGACCACAGCAGCACCGGCGGCGCCGGAGACGUCAGCAGCCCGGCUACCGGCGGCACUGCGGUGGUGCUCCGCACGCCGUCCCGCUUCGGGCCGACAGGCUUGCCCUCCGUCAGUGCCGCCACCACACCUGCUGCCCAGGUGGCCCUGUCGCCGAGUAUCACACUGGGCAGCACCCCAUUGCACGCUUCCAACUCUUCUACCGGAGGCAACGGCACUUUGCAGGCAACUGCCAUCAACGUGCCCAUGCAUGUGCUGCAUGACCAGCAGCUGUACGACGCGGACUACAUCGUGCCGGACCUGGAGGACGAUCCGUACGGCCGCAAUCCGCUGUUCGAUCCGCUGUACCGGGCGGGUAUGGACGAGCUGCAGUGCGCGGAGGCGGGGGCUGGCCGACCGGGAUCGGGAGUUGCAGGGCUGCGGGGCUCCGGGGUAGGCACGCUGGCUGGCGAGGGGUUGCCGGGGCUGUGCCUGGCACCACACGCACCCAUGGUGGCACAGCUGGCACAGCCCUUGUACGACGACGACUAUACACAGGAUUUUGGCACCGCCGUACACGGCACGCCGACGGCGGUGUACGGGCCCGCGGGUCUGCAGCUGGAUGCGCUGCGUGUGGCCACCCUGCAGGCCGCGCAGUUCGAACCGGGCACGUGGAGUGUGACGCCGGCGGCGGCGGGCAGCGCUACACCUGGCGACGGUCUCGGCUGGCGCCUUGGAAGGGGCAACGGCACCAUUGGUGGCGGCUUCGGGAAUGGCGGUUUUGGUGGCGGCAUUGGCAACAACAACGGCACGGGAGGUGGAGGCGGAGGUGUGAACCCGUACGAGGCGGCCCUGGGCCCCUACGUGCCGUACACCGACCGCGUGCUGUUCUCACCCAUCGCCAGCCUGAUUGGUGUGCCGUACCCGGUGUCCAUCUACGCGGGCGAGCUGUACAUUGCGGAGGCGGACCCGCUGCUGACGGCGGCGGGGGAGGCUGCGCGUGCGGGCCUGCUCGUUGACUACUACCUUGAGAGGAACUACUACACGCCCUUCACGUUCACGCGGGUGGGGCCAAGUGUGUUGGCGCUCACAGCCAGCACCGCGCGCUCACGCGGCCAGAUCGGCGUGGCGGCCAAGGCGCGCGCGCUGGCUCAGGCGCUGUACAGCUACCAGCGCUCGCGCUACCUGGCCAAUAGCGUGGAGGUGGCGCUGGGCUCGCGCGGCUUUGCGGGCGCCUCGCUGGGCGCCUACCUAUUCAACAACCCGCUCGUCAACAACCAGUUCCUGCUGCAGGGCCCCGACCUGGCGCCCUAGGGCGGCUUUUCGGGGCAUGUCGUGUGCAAAGCUGGCGUGUGCGGCGUGGCCUGUGCAUGCGUGCACGCAGGCGGGAAAUCGCCGAAUUGGCAGUGCGUGGUUGUAAGCUGGCAUACGGUAUGCAGGUUCGGCUGUUGCGAUGGACACGUUUCUGGAGUCGCGUGGCGUGCACGUGCGGUUGGCCGGGGUUGCUUGAGGAGCUGGGAUUGCGAUUCCGCAUUUAAGAAG